AUGUUGUUGGAUGAAGUGAUGCCCACGAUGCGGAGUCUCAGUCCUGAUGCUGAAGAUAUGAGUUCUCAUCCUAAGAAGCCCAGGAAUAUCCAGGAGUUCAAGGGUUUAUUUGAGAGGAAGAUUCAGCUAGACAACGUGCUAUCCGACUCUAUCACCGAUUUGAAUCCUGAUCAAGAAACCAUCGAAUGUAUUGAAAAGAAACUUUGUGUGCCGGCUGAAAGCUUUUCAACCUCUUUAAAUAAAAUAGAAAAAAUAUUAUUAGGAACCGGUGUGUACACAGAACAGAACGGCGCCAAUAAUGAAUGGCGCAUGAAUUCACUCAUCUGA